GACAAAAAAUCUGGUUGGUAGGCAAAGGUCCCAAAAAGAAAUACGACAAAUCGAGGGAGGAGGGAGAAAGAGCAGCCGCUCGCACACCAGCCCCUCAGCCGCACGAACCCAAUCGCUGUCGCCAUACAGCCCCGUCUCACGUUGUGCGAAUAUGGCGAAAUUCGCACUUGGGUCGGAACCAGUGGUGGGAUCGCUGACGCCGUCGAAGAAGAGAGAGUACAAGGUCACCAAUAGGCUUCAAGAGGGCAAGCGCCCCCUUUACGCCGUCGUUUUCAACUUCAUCGACUCCCGCUUCUUCAACGUCUUCGCCACUGUCGGUGGCAAUCGGGUGACCGUUUACCAAUGUCUUGAAGGAGGUGUUAUAGCUGUGUUGCAGUCUUACAUUGAUGAGGAUAAGGAUGAGUCUUUUUACACUGUGAGCUGGGCAUGCAAUAACGAUGGAUCUCCAUUUGUUGUGGCCGGUGGAAUCAAUGGUAUAAUCCGUGUCAUUGAUGCCGGCACUGAGAAGAUACAUAAGAGUUUUGUUGGUCAUGGAGACUCGAUAAACGAAAUAAGGACUCAGCCACUUAAACCGUCUCUUAUCGUGUCAGCAAGCAAAGAUGAGUCGGUUCGCCUAUGGAAUGUAGAAACUGGAAUAUGCAUUUUGAUAUUUGCUGGAGCUGGGGGCCACCGGAAUGAGGUGUUGAGUGUGGAUUUCCAUCCUUCAGACACGUAUCGCAUUGCAAGUUGUGGCAUGGACAAUACAGUAAAGAUCUGGUCAAUGAAAGAGUUCUGGACCUAUGUAGAGAAAUCUUUCACAUGGACUGACCUCCCAUCAAAAUUCCCGACAAAAUAUGUACAAUUUCCUGUGUUCAUAGCCUCUGUUCAUUCGAACUAUGUUGACUGUAAUAGGUGGCUUGGUGACUUUGUCCUAUCAAAGAGUGUGGACAAUGAAAUUGUGUUGUGGGAACCUAAAAUGAAGGAACAGUCUCCUGGGGAGGGAACAGUUGACAUCCUUCAAAAGUACCCUGUUCCAGAGUGUGAUAUUUGGUUCAUUAAGUUUUCGUGUGAUUUCCAUUAUAACGCGGCUGCUAUAGGAAAUCGCGAGGGAAAGAUAUAUGUUUGGGAACUUCAAUCUAGCCCUCCCGUUCUUAUUGCAAGGUUGUCUCAUGCUCAAUCAAAAUCUCCAAUCAGACAGACGGCCGUGUCCUUUGAUGGAAGCACCAUACUCAGCUGCUGCGAGGACGGGACGAUUUGGCGUUGGGAUGCCAUAGCUAGUUCCUAGCACCUAUCCAAGGCAUUUUUGUUGAAAGGUUUUUCUUCAAGUGCAUUUUGCAGUUGAAUAGCAUCUUGUAUCUAUGUGAUGGUAUUUAGAACAGAGAACUAGGAUUAUAAAAAUCUUAUGGAUAUGAUAGAUUUUUUUACUUCUCAACUUAAACUACCAACACAUUUCGUAAACAAUUAGAAAUGAGUGGCAGACUGGAGACUGCCACCGACAAAAGUAAUUUAAAAGGGUUAUUUA